UAUUAAAGCAUCAAGCUUUAAUUCUCUUUUCUUAAAUGUGCCACUAAAAUAAUAUGCGCCGAUUGCAGCGUCAUCCGUCAAACAUCUCGAUAUAUGUAUGUUCAUCAUCACACUGUCAUCACUGAUUUUAGAGAUUUAAACCAAAAAGGACGCCACCAAAAAAGCUGCGAACUGAAUGUUUAAAGAGUAAAAUGUACGUAAAAAAGCUGGUGCUGGAUGGCUUCAAGUCAUACGGCAAACGCACCGAGAUCGAAGGCUUCGACCAAGAGUUUACCGCAAUCACAGGUCUCAAUGGUUCGGGAAAAUCAAACAUCUUGGAUUCCAUUUGUUUUGUGCUUGGCAUCAGUAAUUUACAAAAUGUGCGAGCGUCUGCAUUGCAAGAUCUGGUUUACAAAAAUGGACAGGCUGGUAUAACAAAAGCAACCGUAACAAUUGUUUUUGACAAUACAAAUGCGGAUCAGUGCCCGCCGGGUUAUGAGAAAUGCCGCGAAAUUUCAGUAACGCGCCAAGUUGUUGUUGGUGGCAAGAACAAAUUUCUCAUAAAUGGCAAACUGGUGCAGAACAAAAAAGUGCAGGAUUUCUUUUGCUCUAUGCAACUGAAUGUAAACAAUCCCAACUUCUUGAUAAUGCAAGGCAAGAUUCAACAGGUGCUCAACAUGAAGCCCAAGGAGAUUUUGUCGAUGAUUGAAGAGGCUGCCGGCACAAGCCUGUACAAAACGAAGCGCGAUGCGAGUAAAAACUAUAUAGAGAAAAAAGAAAGCAAAGUGCGUGAGACGAGUGUCUUGUUGGAAGAGGACGUCUUGCCUAAACUGGAUAAGUUACGCAAAGAGCGCAGCGCUUAUCAGGAAUACCAAAAGACAUGUCGGGACAUUGAGUUCCUCACGCGCAUCCAUAUAUCAGCUAGAUAUCUGAAAUUAUGUGACGCGCUGCAGUCGGUGGCAAGCAAUGAGCAAAAGAUAGAAAAUCGAAUUGCCACUUGCCGCACAACGCACGCAAAGAAUCUCGAGGAAGUGGAACGUAUUGAGGUAACAGUGAACGAAAUUCAACAAAAGAUCGAUGCUGAAAUGGGCGGCUCCUUAAAAGCAAUGGAGGAGGAGCUAACAGCCAAGCGAUUGGCUGAGGCAACUGCAUCGGGCAGUCUAAAAGCAGCUAAGGGCACCAUAGAGCAGGAUCAAAAGAAAAUAAAUCAGGUGGCCAAAAAUAUAGCUGAAGACACGCGUGCUUUGCGAAAGAAAGAAGAAGCCAUGUCAAAGGUAGAAGGCGAAUUCCAGGGUCUUAAAGAUGCAGAUGCGAAUGAUGCUAAGGCGUAUGCAGAUGCACAGAGAAAAUAUGAAGCUGUUUCACAAGGUUUAUCAACCAAUGACGAUGGACAAGCAUGUACACUGCAGGAGCAGCUAAUAGACGCCAAGCAACAACUGAGUGAGGCGCAGACUACAAUCAAAACAUCUGAGUUAGAGCUCCGUCAUACACGCAAUGUGCUUAAGCAAAAGGAAAACGAAACUCAAACCAAUGAUGCGGCUUAUACCAAGGAUAAGAACUUGCUUGAUCACCUAGAUGUUGAAAUUAAAAGUCUAGAUUCGCAAAUGCAGCGCCUCAAUUAUGAAGGCGGUCAGUUUGAGGAGCUGAAAGAGCGUCGCCAACAUUUGCAUAAUGAAGUGCGCCAAAUGACGCGUGAGCUGGAACGUCACAAUGUUUCGCGCUUUCAACUGCAGUAUCAAGAUCCGGAACCAAAUUUUGAUCGAAGGAAAGUGCGCGGCAUGGUGGGCAAAUUGUUUAAGGUUAAAGAUAUGCGAUACUCCAUGGCGCUAAUGAUGGCAGCCAGCGGCGGUUUGUACAGCUUUGUCACCGACGAUGAUGUGACGAGCAAGAAAAUUAUACAAAAAGGACAACUACAGCGUCGCGUUACUAUAAUUCCCAUCAACAAGAUUAGUUCACGGCAAGUUGACCCAAGGUCCAUUGAAUAUGCAAAGUCUACUUAUGGUCAUGACAAUGUGGAGUCAGCAAUGUCACUCAUAGAAUACGAUCGGUACUUAGAACCUGUUAUGCAAUAUGUAUUUGGCAGCACGCUGGUUUGCAAAGAUUUGCAAGUGGCCAAAGGGCUCAGCACCGAUAGAAAUCUUAACGGACGUUAUGUCACAUUAGAAGGUGAUGUUGUUGAAUCCAGUGGCACGCUUUCUGGCGGUGCUGCACCUAAGGGUGCUAACGUGCUCGAAGAAUUGUAUACAAUCAACGUUCUGGAAUUACGAAUAAAAGAGAAAAUGGCUGAGCUAAAGCAAGUGGAUCUGGAGAUUGCUGCCAUUGAGAAAGUGGCUCACAAUUAUAACAAGUUAAAGGAGGCACUGGAUCUGCGUCAGUAUGAACAUUCUAUGUGCAAAGGUCGUCUAGCACAUACCGCCUUUCAGCAACAGCAGCAGGAAAUUGAGGAACUGAGGGAGAAAGUCCAUACCUUGGAGCAACAAAAUACUGAAGCGCGUGAGAAGCAAAAGAAGUCACAAGCCAAGGUUAAAGAAGUUGAAGAAAAGUUGACCGAUGCCAAGGGAUAUCGCGAGCGCGAGCUAAAAGCGGUGGGCAACGAGAUGAAGUCCGCAAAACAGAAAGCUGAAAAAUCACGCGCAGAUUGGAAAAAACGCGAACAAGAGUUUGAGACGCUGCAACUCGAAAUCACUGAACUUCAAAAGAGUAUAGAGACAGCCACGCAACAGCAUCAGGAAAUGGUAGACGGACUUGAAAAAUACAAAGCAGACUUAGAUUCACUGCAGCAGAACAGUUCUAGCGCAGCUACAGAUGUAGCUAAAUUAGAGCGUGCUAUUAAAUCGCAGAAAGAUGCCUUGAACGAUCAAAACAAGGAAAUGCGGAAUCUUUUAGGUAAAAAGGAUAAAAUGUUAAAGCAAAACCAGGAUAUUGAGCUAGAAGUCAAAAAGAAAGAGAAUGAAAUGACAAAAAUUAGCGCAGAGGCAAAUGAGUCCAAGAAACGUAUGGAGGCACUGGAGACCAAGUAUCCCUGGAUACCGGAGGAGAAGAAAGCUUUCGGCAUGAAGAACACGCGCUAUGAUUACAGCAAAGAAGAUCCUGUUGAGGCCGGCAACAAAUUGUCCAAAAUGCAGGAGAAGAAGGAGAAAAUGGAGCGUACGCUUAAUAUGAAUGCUAUGCAGACAUUGCAACGCGAAGAAGAGAAUUAUAAUGAAACGAUGAAACGUCGUCAGAUUGCAGCCUCUGACAAAGAGAAAUUGAAACGGAUUAUUAUAAAAUUUGAUGAGGAUGAACAAGUUCAGGUGACCCGUGCCUGGCAGGCAGUGACGGAAAACUUUAGCGGCAUAUUUAGCACACUGUUGCCGGGAGCUCAAGCGUUACUUAAUCCCGUUAAAACCAACGGUGUCCUCAAUGGUCUGGAAAUAAAAGUGGGCUUUAAUGGUAUCUUUAAGGAAAGCUUGGGCGAACUGUCUGGCGGUCAAAAGUCCCUAGUGGCUUUAUCACUUGUCUUAGCCAUGUUAAAGUUUUCCCCAGCUCCGCUAUACAUUCUUGACGAGGUGGACGCCGCCCUCGAUAUGUCACAUACUCAAAAUAUUGGCAACAUGCUUAAACAACAUUUCCGCAACUCACAAUUUCUCAUAGUGUCUCUAAAGGAUGGCCUCUUUAAUCAUGCUAACGUAUUGUUUCGCACUCAAUUUGUCGAAGGUGUAUCAACAAUUUCUCGUACUGUAGGCAGACCCGCUCCCAAGCGAUAGUAUUGCUUCAUAUUUUCAAAAAUAACAUAUUUACCAGUUUUCUUAAUAUUAAGUUGAAAAUUUGCGUUUAUUUUUAUGUAGCCCGUUUAAAUGUUCGUA